GGUGAACUCAAGAUCCAAACCACGCAGAUCUUUUUCUACGCCUCUCAUACGUCCCCCCUUCCCAUUGCUAGAUCCUCCUACUUCUUCCGCGAGUUGUUUUUUCUUGUCUCGUCUACGCGCUCGAGAACAAAGAAUCACCACCCGCCGACGCGACUUCCAGCCCCCGAACUGUCGGUUGUUUUUGGUCGGCCACUAUCCCUCUUUCAACUCUCUCUCUUUCAACCGCCGUACAUCUUCCAACCAAUAGUACCUGUAUACAGACAUCCACAACGAUUUCCCACUCACCAGACGCGUCCACACCCUUUCUUUCAGACCUCGAUCGCCCGGAAACCAAAAGUCCAAAACACAAGAACACGCGUAGAAAAACGUGCAAGACGAACAGCCUCUGUUUACUCCCGUGUUCUGGAUUCUUGCCCGAGUAAACGCAGUGCGGGUGGACAUCCUUUGGCUCUUCUGCCUGGUUUAAAGGCAAUUCUGUGGACUAUUGCGUCGUGCAAGUGUUCUCAGGUAAGCUUUGCGGUGUCGAGACCCUUUUGACGCGUAAAAAGCGGGCAGUCGUUUGUUUGGAAGCUGGGGCACGGACAGCUUGUUCCCCCUCUCACCUUGCCGUCUUUCGUUGCGACAGCCAUCUUUUCCUCUGGUCUCUCUACUCUCUGCGUCGUCGCCAAGCUGCAUGUUUUGGCAAUAAUCUCGUGUGCCCAUAAUGUCAACCCUCUCUCAACACUCCACCGCCCCGCUCAACACCAAGAAAGCAUCAACCAAACCUCCAUCCAAUAUUCUCUCCCCACGCGUCCCUUCACCGACUAAUGUGCCCUCAUCUGUUGGUUCCCCAAACCCUCAGCAUCAUCACCACGAUCACAUGCACGCGCACUCUCCUACAGGGGCCAAGUAUCCCGGCCUCGGUAUUUCGCAGGGAGAAGGUUUCCCUCCGAUGAACGGGAUGGAUGCUAAAUGCGGAGGCUGUGGACUUAUGAUUGACCAGGAGAGCGGGGGAGUCGUUGUUGCUUUUGGAUCGUCAUUAUGGCAUGUCGAUUGCUUUAGGUGUGCCAAGUGCAAAGAAAAAGUAUCGGCAGACACAAAUCUCCUCUUGCUGUCCGAUGGCAGUCCGGUCUGUGGUAACUGCUCUUACCAAUGCUUUGUAUGUAAACAAGCCAUCACCGAAGAGGCCAUCAUGACUGGGGAUGAGUCAUACCAUGCCCAUUGCUUCACUUGCAGGACAUGUAAACGGAGGAUUGAAGAGCUGGUCUUUGCAAAGACCAGCCAGGGUAUCUAUUGCAUGUCAUGUCACAACGAACGAGUCGCUAAGAGCCGGCGACACGCAGAAGCGAAGCGACAAAGGCAAGCACGCCGUGAAGCAAAAGAACGAGAGAGGGAAGAAGAGGAGCAAAGACAAAAGGAAGAAGAAGCACGUCAAGCUGCAUCAUCCAGCGGACAGGCACCUCCCUUAAACUACCUCAACGCUGGUCAUUCGACACCAUCGUCCAUGUCUCUCAGCCAUUUUGCACAAAAACCCCAAUCGAGGCCACAUUCACCUUAUACUGGUGUAGCGAAUGCGGGGAAUGCCUUUGAAGAUGCCGAGCGUGAGAAUGAAAGUCGAAGAGAUCUGGGAGUAGUUGACAAGCACGUAAACCCGAGGUCAGCAUCGCCUGCGGGCAGGCAGCUGAUUGAAGCUCAAAAUAUGCCACUCCCCGCAUCACCGUCGGAAAGUAAUGACGGUCAUCAACUCAAACCUUGUGCAUCAAGCCCUCAAAUCCGUCCUUCACCGCACUCUGUCAGCCAGUCUGGUUUGGGUGUCCCAACUAGUAAAGCUGAAAAGAGACGUUCGAUCAGCCCCGGUAUGACGUUCAACCUAGAUGCGCAAAAUUCGACAUUUACCGAACAGAGACUGGGUGCUUAUCCGCCAUCACCCUUGAGAUCGUCCUUUACGGAUGGGUCUGGUUCCGCUUCCAACGAGCAAAGACCGGUCAGAUCACCCACGUCGCCUUCGCCUGCACCGUCGGGAAACCAUGCGUUCCCCUUCAAAGAUGGCUCUGGUUCGGGUGCUCAGCUGCAGCAAGCGCAAGCUCAGGGGACGGAGCAGUUGUCUCGUAGUGGCUCAACAGGUGUAGCCAAUCAGCCACCAGCCAGGACUAGUUCCUUGCCUGAACAUCUUGCCAAUCGCGCUAAACCUGAUGAACAUGUCUGCACGGAGCCGCAUUCCUCCCAACCAAACUCUGCAGAACUUGCCCCUGUUGGGCCCAGCAAGGCGCAGCUCAUUGGCGAGGCCCGCACCCCGAAGCUCCAUACGCCUGAUCUUCCCCACAUGUCAUUCUCGCUAUCCGACCCCGACUUUGCCGUCAUUUUAUCCAACAUGGAUCAGUCCCCCCAAAAGAUAAAGACGGGAGAAAAGGUGAGGCCAGAGGUGGAAAUCCCGAGCGGAGAAUCUGCGCCUUCUUCACCACCCGUGUCCUCUCCUUCUCUGGCUCGUAGUCCGACCCUUGACAUGCUCUCGACUAUCGAGUCUGAUCCCCAGUCUCGUUCCCAGCCGGUCGCUCUCGGCCGUUCCCGCCUUUUACCGAAUGAUCCCUCGCCUCAUAUGCUGAACAGACGUCAAGCGUCCGGAGACAGUUGCUUCUCUGUGAAAUCCCGUCAUGGGGACGGAAGCUUUGAGAAGUUGGUGGAGUUGUUGGCGGGGGCCAAGUUUAGAGAAGAGGAGAGUGUGAAUGUUGACGUGGCGGUGUUGAGUGGGAUUGUCAAGGAGGUGGAAGAUUUGAGGGAGGCAAUGGUGGGUUUGAAGAAUAGAUAUACCGGAGCCAAACGAUCGAGUCAGCAGUAUAGCGAAGGACUGUCAGUCGCUGGUGAAGAAUACGACAAGGAACGGUCUAAACGUACCGAACUUGAAGCCGAAGUCUCUCGCCUUCGCGCUCAACUCCAUUCUCAGACGGCUCGCCUGAGCGUCAUCUCUGGCGACGAGAAACGUGCGGAGCAUAUGAAGCGCCGUAGCCGCGACCUUGCGAGUAACCUGACCGGGCUGGAGAGAGAUAUCUCGAGGUUGAGGGCGGAGAGGGAUAUGAAGCUGGCUGAGGUGGACGAGCUGGCGGAGAGGACACCGGGUGCCGUGCUCGAUCCUGGAUCCCUGGCACAGUCGCUCAGUGUGAGACUGGAGAGCAUACGAGACCAGUAUGCUACCGAGCUCGAGUCACUUUCGGGCCAGGUGGAAAACCUUGAACGUGAGAUUUCGGAACUUCGGCAGAUCAAGGAAGCCUCUUUGGAAGAAUCGGCGGCGCUGGCUGCGAAGAAUGAAGAUCUUGCAGAGCUGAAUACCCAAUUGACGAGGCAGACUGAGGCUUUGCAAGAUACGCUGUCGAGAGUGAGGCCGCCGACGAUAUUCAGCAAGGGGAAAGGGCACCAGCUGCAGAAUUCACCGAGUCUCGCCUCGCUUACUGGCCAGGGGCUACAGGAUGUGCCCGAGGAGACUGUGACCGCGCGGGUGGUCAAGGUGUCCAAGCCUGAGCCUAUUGAAGCUGCGCCCGUCAAGAGAUUCAAGUGGUAUAAAUCUUCAAAAGGGCCGGAUGCUUCCAAUACACCUGCAAACAUUUCGAAGCCCCUGGCACUCGAUGUUGGAAAGACGAGGGGGGGCAUGACGCUUGGUGUAGCUGGGCUGGCCAUGGGAGGGAUCGGGGGAGGCGCACGGCCAAGCACAGAGUUUGGCAUGAGGGAUCAUGCGUUCCAGCAGCAUACGAUGAUGAGGUUUACGAGGUGUGAGCUCUGUGGGGAGAAGAUGUGGGGGUUGCAGGAAGUCAAGUGUUCCUCUUGUGGUAUCGUGUGUCAUAGCAAGUGCGCUGAAAAGCUGCCGAGAGGAUGUACAGGGACCAAGGGUGCUGUGAAAGAUGAGCCCGAGGGGCCACUGCCGCCGUCCAUGUUUGGCCGUCCGCUUGUUGAGCAAGUCUCUGCAGAUAAACAGUCUGUACCAGUCAUUGUGACCAAGUGUAUCAAUGCGGUCGAAGCUGUGGGUAUGGAAUACGAAGGGAUCUAUCGGAAAACGGGCGGGUCGUCGCAGUCGAAACAGAUUACUCAGCUCUUUGAGCGGGGUGAUUACGAUGCGUUUGAUUUGGCGGAUGUUGAUGCGUUUAAUGACAUUUCGAGCGUGACGUCUGUGCUCAAGACGUAUUUCAGAAGCCUGCCGAAUCCGCUGUUUACACACGAGUUGCAUGAGAGUUUUGUGACUGCUGCCACCAUUCGCGAUACGAACAACAAGCGUCAGGCGGUGCUGGCAUUACUGCAUGAACUCCCGAAAGAGCAUUACAAUACGCUCAAAGCGCUCAUGCUUCAUCUGAACCGCGUGACGUCGUACAGUGGUGUCAACUUGAUGUCGUCUCAGAACCUGGGUGUCGUCUUUGGGCCGACGCUCAUGAGAUCGUCGGAUCCCAAUAGGGAGUUUGGAGACAUGGCGGGCAAGGCGCUGAGUGUUCAGUGGCUGGUGGAUAAUGCCCCGUCCGUGUUCACACUCGACCGUGAUUAGUAGUUUUGAGGGUAUACCCCGUUCCCGUUGAUUCCCUUUUUAGCAUUCUUUUUUUUUUUUGGACUUUGUCGAUUCACGACCUGUUUAUGUCUUGGUGCGGCUUGUUUUUUUCAGUGUUUGGGCGCGGGGAGACGGUAGAAAGUAGACAUUUUACAACGCACAACACGUUCUGUGCUGGUCCGCAGGUCACUUGGUUUUUAGCUUUUUUUGGUGGAUGUCGAUGAUGCAUAUGUCAGUGGCAGAGC